UUUUCUGGCUGUCCUAGAACUUGCUCUGUAGACCAAGCUGGAACUCAGAGAUCUGCCUGCCUCUACCACCUGGGUACUGGGAUUAAAGGUAUAUAUAUAUAUGCCUUCACUGCCUGCCUAGGAAUUCAAGGCUCAGUGGGAAGGAAUCUGAACAAAAGCAAAUUAUGUAUGAAAAUGCUGCAAUGAAACCUUGUAGUCUGAUUUCUAAAAAGUUGUGGGGGGUGGGAUGCUAAACCCAUUUGUUUUAAAAUGUUAUCCUACUUUGAGAGUUAAUUAUGUCACCUGCAAGGUUAAUUUAUGAGCAAAAGAGAAUAAAAGCCAGAAGGGAUGGGAAAGAGAAGCCUGACUUGAUUGAUCUUGAAUAUGGCUUGGAUAUUAGGAUUUUGUUUUGUUUUUGUUUUGUUUUUUUUUUUUGUUUUUAUUUUUCAAGACAGGAUUUCUCUGUGUAGUCUUAGCUGUCCUGGAACUUGCUCUGUAGACCAGGCUAGCCUAGAACUCAGAGAUCCACCUGCCUCUGUCUCCUCUGAGUGCUGGGAUUAAAGGCAUGUGCUGCUACCGCCACUCCACCUGGCUACUGGAAUUACCAAAGCAGUUUCCUCAGGAUUCUGAUGUGCAGACAAGAAGGAGAAUGCUAACCUAAAACCAUGAAGUCAAUAAAUAUAUCUCUCGUAUCUGAAAAUCCUUUGUUUACAAUGAAACAAAAGGCUUAAUCUUAUCCUCACCAUGUGCUACUUUCUGGUCAGACUGUUGAAGAUUCAGUAAGGAUGUUCCUCACAUUCCGUAACCCACCUAUGGAUCACACUUCUGUAAAACUAAACUUCAAUUUAGAGGUCACUCUCCCACUGAGCUACAUUCCCUCAGUCAUGGAGGUCUGGCUGUAAACCCUGAGUACCUCUUUCAAGCUUAUGUGUAUAUGGCAGAAUUUCUGUAGUAUAUUGGAUGCAAAUCCCACAUCUUGGUUUCUUAUCCAGCUUCAGUCUAGCUUCACUGGCUAGAAAAUAAAUGGGAUUUGCACAAAUUCCAAGCCACAGUGAAAUAACGCUUGCAGCAUUGAUAUCCUUUUCUCCUCGUUGUUACUAACAGAAAAUUCAAUGUCGGCAGAAGACCUGGAAGCCCAGGAGGAUGAACUACUGGCCCUGGCAAGUAUUUAUGAUGGAGAUGAGUUUAGAAAAGCAGAGUCUGUCCAAGGAGGGGAAACCAGGAUCUAUUUGGAUCUGCCACAGAAUUUCAAGAUAUUCGUGAGCGGCAAUUCAAAUGAGUGUCUCCAGAAUAGUGGCUUUGAAUACACCAUUUGCUUUCUGCCACCACUUGUGCUGAACUUUGAACUGCCACCAGAUUAUCCAUCCUCCUCCCCACCUUCAUUCACACUUAGUGGCAAAUGGCUGUCACCAACUCAGCUCUCUGCUCUCUGCAAGCACCUGGACAACCUGUGGGAAGAACACCGAGGCCGUGUGGUGCUGUUUGCCUGGAUGCAGUUUCUUAAGGAGGAGACCCUUACCUACCUGAAUAUUGUCUCUCCUUUUGAGCUCAAGAUGGGGUCUCAGAAAAAGGUUCAGAGAAGGACAACAGCUCAGGCCUCUUCCAACACAGAGCUUGCUUUGGGAGGAGCUGCUGCUGCUGCUGCUGCGUCAGAUGUAGACCAAGAAGACAGUGUGGAUGAGAGAGCUGUACAGGAUGUAGAAUCAUUGUCAAGUCUGAUCCAGGAAAUCUUGGACUUCAAUCAAGAUCGACAGAUGAAGUGCUUCAAUAGUAAACUGUUCUUGUGCAGUAUCUGUUUCUGUGAGAAGCUGGGGAGUGAUUGUAUGUACUUCUUGGAGUGCAGACAUGUAUAUUGCAAAGCCUGUCUGAAGGAUUACUUUGAAAUCCAGAUCAAAGAUGGUCAAGUUAAAUGCCUCAACUGUCCAGAACCACAGUGUUCUUCGGUGGCUACUCCUGGUCAGGUCAAAGAGCUGGUAGAAGCAGACUUAUUUGCUCGCUAUGACCGCCUCCUCCUCCAGUCUACUUUGGAUCUAAUGGCAGAUGUGGUGUAUUGUCCCCGUCCAUGCUGCCAGCUCCCUGUGAUGCAAGAGCCUGGUGGCACCAUGGCUAUCUGCUCCAGCUGCAAUUUUGCCUUCUGCACCUUAUGCAGACUGACCUAUCACGGGGUUUCUCCAUGUAAGGUAACGGCAGAGAAAUUAAUAGACUUACGGAAUGAAUACCUACAAGCAGAUGAAGCUACUAAAAGGUUCUUGGAACAGAGGUAUGGCAAGAGGGUGAUUCAGAAGGCCCUGGAGGAGAUGGAGAGUAAAGACUGGCUGGAGAAGAACUCCAAGAGCUGCCCCUGCUGUGGAACGCCCAUACAGAAAUUAGACGGCUGCAACAAGAUGACCUGUACUGGCUGUAUGCAGUAUUUCUGCUGGGUUUGCAUGGGCUCUCUCUCAAGAGCAAACCCUUACAAACAUUUCACUGAUCCUGAUUCUCCAUGCUUUAACAGGUUGUUCCAUGCCGUGGAUGUCAAUGGAGACAUUUGGGAAGAUGAGAUUGAGGACUAGUUCAUUCCUGCUCGCAAUGUAGAAAUGGAAUGGUUUGCCCUGACCUUCUGUCAAGUACACAAAGAGCCCUCGCAGGAUAUUUAGGGUACCAUCUAUUCACUCUUCAGUGUAGAAGGAAGAACAGGGUUUAUAUUUUCCUUUGGUUCUACUGAUUAAGGCACGUACAUUUCCAUGUAACAUAAUCUGAUAAAAUUAUAUGCCAAAGGAUCAGAAAUGAAAACUAUAGAUUAAAUAUUAUAAUAUGCCCAAACUGUGAAUAGUUAAAAAGUAAAUAUUUAUUUUCUCCCCCAAGCUUUAGGUUAGGGAGAGGGUCAAGAGUUAAGCUUUUAGACCAUGUCCAAGAAGCCCCUGCAGCUGGGGACAGUCACAGCCCCAGCCACACUGUCCUGGGAGCCUGAUCCAUUCUCUGUACACUGCUCAUUUCCAUUCGUGCUUUGGAGAGAGCCUCUGCUCUGUAACUGACCAAAUGUCCAGUGUUGUUCUGUUGUACUGCUUGCCAGAAUAGAAAUCUAUAAUAAAUUAAAAAAUAUUUUUAGUAUUAUAAUCCCUGUGGGUCACUUGAUAUUUAUGAAUAGUGUAUUGAAUCCCCUGGUUUAGAGCCAAAUGUAGAAUUUAGGAUUCUGGCUCAGAAUUCCUCUAGAUUCAGAGUCAGAGCUGUCUGUGCUCCCUUUUGUUCUCAGCUUUCUCCCUUUGCCUCCCACCUUCUGUUGGCAAGUACAGUUUUAAUGUUGAUUACAGCAGUGUGUGUCUUUAUUUCCUCUGCUAGAAUAGAAAAGAGCCCAAUAUAUUCCUCAUGAAUGCUCUCUGAACCUGUGAACAGCAUCAUGGUUCUACCCCACCUUCUGAACACUCGGGAAUUGGGCUUCCUCCCCUCCCCUCCCCUCGUAGACAGCAGUGUUUGGAGUGAUAAUAGUAGCUUGAUAGCUAGAUUCCUAACCCUGGCUUUUAUUGGCUUUUUGAAAAACUGUCUUCCUCCUGAUUCCCUAAGUGGCUUGGUGUAGUCACUUGGUGGAUGUUUUGGAAAGGACAGUAACUCACCUGUAGCUUGUGAACUUGUGUUUUCUACUGUGACAUUGAAAAUUAAGGAUUGCUUAACUGUCAGCUCAAACUGUUGCUGGAUUGUCAAUGAGGAUGCUUAAUCUUAACAAUAAAGUAAUUUAAAAUCAUCCCGUAA